UAACUAAAAUUGAGUAAUUAAUUAUUUGGAAUUGUGCGCAAUUGCAUAUGACUUGAUUAAUAGCAAGCAGCUGACCUGUAUAACCUGUAUAUUUAUUGUUGGUUCGCUUUGCAACACUGGCUGUGUAAUUUGCGCUGUUUGUGGCUUUUGUGUUGUCUGUGAUUUAUUUUUGAGUGUCAGCAACUCAACAACAACAGACUUGAACUCAAGCUUGAGCUGAACUGUAAUAUGGCAAAGCAGGAGCAAGUGGAGAAAGUGUUGGCAAUGCCAGCGGUGCCGCUGGGUUAUCGAGAGCUGGGCACACAGGUGGCCGGACACAGAUUCGAGGCGAGCAAUGCGUCCGCUGUCGGUUUGCUGCAGGAUGGGGGCGGUGAGGGGUGUGUGUUCAAGCCAAUGGGUAAACCGGAGUGCGGCGAGCGUGAGAUCAACUUUAUGAGUGACUCCAAUGAAUCCAAUGACUCCGCUCUCCUGGCCGAGCUCUCAAUGUAUGUGCCACGCUAUUAUGGCCAACUCAAACUGGUUGUGAAUCAGCGUGAGCAUACGUUUCUCCAGCUGCAGGAUCUGACGCAUGGCAUGCGUAAUCCCUGUGUCAUGGACGUGAAGGUUGGACGACGCACCUGGGAUCCAUUGUCGUCGCCACACAAGCGCGCCAUCGAGGAGCAAAAGUAUGUGAUCUGUAAACAGGAGCUGGGCUUGUGUCUGCCCGGCUUUCAGGUGUAUCAGCCAGCGGAGGAGCAAGCAGGCAAGCCUAGACUCAUCCGUCAUGGCAGAGAUUAUGGCAAGAGCCUAAAUGUGCAGGGAUUCCACCAGGCAUUGGCGCUCUUCUUUAAUGUGAGCUGUAAAGAAAGUCAUACCCUGCUACAUGAGGUGCUUCGCCAGCUUCGGAGCAUACGCAGCUGGUUUAAGCGACAGCGUCUUCUCCACUUUUAUGCCAGCUCCCUGCUCAUCUGCUAUGACUUUGAGCAGCUGCAGCAGCUAAAGAAGCCGGAGCAAUCUUUACAGAAUGGCUACCAUCAGUCGGAGACAGUUGCUCCGCCAGUGGCGCCGGAUCAAUGGAUACGCGUGCGUUGCAUUGACUUUGCUCACAUCUUUCCCGCCGCAGAUGCUGCACCGGAUCACAAUUACAUGGCCGGACUGCAGAGUCUCAUUGACAUAGUGGAGUCAAUGCUCCAGCGAUAGCAGGCCGAGAUCUCCAUCUCUAAAACAUCCCCACACAAUUGUAUUAUCGCUAAGCCAAAAGAUUAGUCCACAGCUGAGCUGUAAUUACUGAAAGUAAUUAACAAUUACUUGGUAAUCAACGUUUAAUUACCAAAAAAACAAAAAAUAUAUUUAUAUAUUUGGUAAUAAGUUUAAAUAAUUAAGAAAUGUCA